UCGGAGCUCCACCUAUCGGCUCUCGUCAAAGGCGUCAUAAUUGUCAGAAUCGGGACAGUGUUCGAUAAUUAUUGUUGUGGAAUUUGGAAUACUCCCAGCAGAGUUAUUGAUGGAGCGAGAACAUUGUUGGUGAAAGUUGAGAAAAAAAUACUGAGUGAUCAUUGCGGAGAACAAAGAUAGUAAUUAUCAUAUUAGAAAUAUUUGUACUCUCGCUUAACAGCCAUGGCAACGAUUGGGGAACCUCUCACAUUAGCCAGGGAUGUCAAAAGAUCGAUCGAACUCCUCGACAAACUACAGAAAAGUGGUGAAGUACCGGCUACAAAGUUAGCAGCUCUGCAGAAGGUACUACAAAGCGACUUUCUCAAUGCAGUAAGAGAAGUCUAUGAACACGUGUAUGAGACUGUUGAUAUUCAGGGUUCUCAAGAUGUGCGUGCUUCCGCCACAGCCAAGGCGACUGUGGCUGCUUUUGCGGCAAGUGAAGGACAUGCCCAUCCGCGAGUUGUUGAAUUACCGAAAACAGAGGAGGGUCUUGGAUUCAAUGUGAUGGGAGGAAAAGAGCAAAAUUCACCUGUAUAUAUAUCUCGAAUUAUUCCAGGAGGUGUGGCCGACAGACAUGGUGGUUUGAAACGUGGUGACCAGUUACUGUCUGUUAAUGGCGUGUGUAUUGAAGGCGAAAAUCAUGAGACAGCUGUGGAAUCGCUGAAACAAGCCCAAAACUCGGUGAAGUUAGUUGUUCGCUAUACUCCUCGUCUUUUGGAGGAAAUGGAAUUGCGGUUUGAUAAACAUGCGCACCAAACUGCACGUAGACGUCAACGUGUGCAGUAGACUGCAAUGAUUAUUUUUAUCACUACAUAUAUAUAUAGAAUUUAUGAAUAACUGAUAUAGAUACAAUGUAAUGUUACUUAUAUUAAUUAUUAUAGUUUUAAGCGACAAAUUAAUAUCUGGCUUAAUUAUCUUGUAAUUCAUCACCUAGAAAUAACUUCUGUAUGACCAUCUCUCGUAAGAAC